AUGGCUUCAUUUGUCAUGCUCUCCCUUCUGGUUGUAUGCGUUCUCUUUGUUUGUGCCACUGCUUCAUCCUAUGUUUCCGUGGACAAGCGAGUCGACGAAGUGAUGCCGGAAUUCCAGAAGAGUCUCUUCCAACUCCUCGAUAAGCGACCACCAGUGAUCCACAGCCGCGCAUCUCGUGUCGACUGUAUGCUGGCUCUCCGAAGUUUCGAACUCUGCCGCAACUUGCUCUAA